AUGGACGGUCAGCAUCAACAAAAACAGAAACAUAAACAUCGUAUUCGUUAUAUUAUCAGUUUUACACAAGGAAUUUCUAUUACUCUCUUUUUACUUGCUGCCGCCAUUGUCAUUUAUUUGACAGUUCUAUAUGGAGCUCGUGUUGUACCACCUACUAAUUAUGCUAUUGUUUUUGAUGCCGGUAGCUCGCAUACGGAGAUGUUCGUUUAUCAUUGGCCGGCUGAUAAAUCAGAAGGUGCAGGAACAACAUCAUCCGUCAGUGAAUAUUUUGUUUGCUCACUCGUAGCUGUCAAUAUUCGUGAUUCAACAAAAUUCAAUGAGACUAAAGCCAUCAAGGCUAUAUCUGAUUUUGAACAGCAUCUUGAUUUAUUACCUAGUUUUUUUGAGCCUUGUUUAAAAAAGGCUGUUGAAAAAAUACCAUCGGAUCGUCAUAAAUACUCUCCAAUUUUUCUUGGUGCAACAGCAGGCAUGCGUUUAGCAAGACUACGCAAUAUAAAACAAGCAAAUCAAGUACUUGAAACAAUACGUGAAACGUUUUCGAAUUAUCCAUUUCAAUUCGUUGUUGCACGACAAGUACGAAUAUUGACUGGCAUGGAAGAAGCUAUUGAUGGUUGGAUAACAACAAAUAUUCUAUUAGAAAAAUUUAAACAUCGCCAUGAAAAAAGAAAAAAAUCUGGACAAACUAUUUCACCAACAGAACUAGAUCAAGAUAUGGCUGGCGUACUUGAUUUAGGUGGAGCUUCAACACAAGUUACAUUUACUUACGCAGAAGAACAUGCCAGUCAACCAAUUCCAUUGGAAUUUACAACAAGUAUUACUCUAUUCGAUAGAGUUUAUAAACCAUAUGCUCACAGUUAUUUAUGUUGGGGUAAAAAUGAAGCUACGAAACGACAUCGUGCUCGUCUUGUUAAUGAUUUAUUGAACAGCAAUAUAGAAUCGUCGGAUUUAUCAACAACUCUUUUUGUGCCUGACCCAUGUUUAGUUACUGGUGCUAAUGAUACAUUGAAAAUAAAUAAACUCUUUACUUCAACAUGUACGAAUAAUGAGAAACUACAAUUCGCCAAUUACAACACUAGUAUAUCAUCAUUUACAUUUGUCGGCGCAGGAAAUGCUAGUCAAUGUAAUCAAAGUCUUUCUCGUUUAUUCGAUAGUAAACGUAAUAAUAGAGAAAUGAAUUGUUCGUAUAAAAAAGAUUAUUGUGCAUUCGAUUUUACGUUUCAACCGGUAAUACCAGAGAAUAUUAAGUUUAUUGGUCUGUCUGGCUAUUAUUAUGUAUUCGAUAAUUUAGCUCAUGGUAUACCCACAAUAAACAAAUCAACUGGAUAUAAAUUAGCCGAUUUUCAUCGGGAAGAACUAGAACGACGCCGUAAAACUGUUUGUGACAUAGAUUACAUAACGCUUUGUAAACAAGAGUCAAUAUUGCCAGGUAAUGAACAGCAUAAGCGAGCGUUAUGCUUUGAUGCUUGGUAUGUGUGGUUAUGGUUGACAAAAGGUAUUGGCUUUAAGGAAGUUGAUUUAGAGCGCAUUAGCGUUGUAAAUAAAUUCACAUCGGGUAAAGCCGGUUGGACACUUGGCUAUAUGAUCAAUCAAACAAAUUAUAUUCCCGCUGAAUUUCGUGAAAAAUCAAUGGGAAAAACUGGAUUUAUUAGUUGGAUAACAGUAUCAUCCGUGAUCGCUUUAAUUACAUUUAUCUUUCUCAUACUUACAUGCCAAGCAUGCAUACGUCAUGCAUGUCAUAAGCAAGCACAUCGUGCGAGAACAAUAAACAAUGAUGGCUACACUCAACCACAUGAACAGUCGCUUGCGUAA